AUGAAUAACAGUAAAAAGGACGAAUUGGUGGCAAACUGCAUCCGCUGUCUUGCAGCGGACGUUGUGCAGGAGGCAAACAGUGGGCACCCCGGAACGCCGAUGGGCAUGGCACCCAUCGCUCACGUUCUGUGGUCAGAGGUGAUGAAGUAUGACAGCAAGGACCCUUCUUGGACGGAUCGGGAUCGUUUUGUGUUAUCUAAUGGACACGCUUGUGCCUUGCAGUACGCGAUGCUGCACCUCGCCGGCUACAAUGUUUCAAUGGAUGAUCUUAAGAAGUUUCGCCAGUUGGGCUCCUGCACUCCCGCUCACCCGGAGCGCGGCUUUACGACUGGAAUUGAAGUAACAACCGGGCCACUCGGUCA